CCAAAUCGUGUCGCCAAACAUUGGGAAAACUGUCUUCGAGCCGGAGAAAAUUUUGAGGGAUAUCAGAGUGUCCUGGAGCCGGAAAGUUUGAUUUCUAAAAAAAGAAAAUCCGAAUCUGACCAGGAAAGGUACAUGCUGCCGAAGGAAGCAUCCGAAUUCCUGUCUAUGGAAUUAGCAAAAAGAAAUAAGCCUUAUACAGAUGCUGUGGUGUACAUAGACAUUAUUUCGAGCCUUUUGGACAAGAUGGGUCAAACAACAGCGGCAAAAUUGCUUAAGGAAAUUCCUCAUUCACGAGCAACGAUGACGAGACAUAUUAGUAGAAUUUCGGAAAAUGUACGGGAGAAAUUGAAACAGAAGCUUAAUAGGUGUGACUCAGUGUCAAUUUGUCUUGACGAAACGACCGAUAUCACUGACGAAAGUCAAUUAUUAAUGUAUGUCCGCGGUGUUAUUUUAAAUGGAGAAGCAGAAGCAUUUGAAGAAAUGCUUCAAUUGCAGUGCCUUCCAACAAGAACAACAGGAGCUGAUAUUUACAAAGUUGUUAUGGCCACACUGCAAGAGUUUAAUUUAACAGAAAAGCUUUUCAGAAUAACUACUGACGGAGCUCGUUCGUUGUGUGGGCACAUCAAUGGUCUCAAUGGACGCAUGUUGGAGAUCAUUCCAGGUCUUCGACACUACCAUUGCAUUCUUCACCAGACAGCUUUAAGCGCAAAAUUCUUGUCAGAAUUGCCAGCUCCCAAAAAAGCAUUCAAAAUAAUUAACGGUCUUAGAGGUGGACACAACUCACUGACACACAGGAGUUUGAAGAGAUACUUGGAAGAGAACAAGGCUCCAUACAAAGAUCUCUUGAUGUAUACUGAAGUGAGAUGGAUGUCUCGAGGAAAAGCUUUGAAGAGACUUUUUGACUUAAGGAAGGAAAUAACAUCUUUUGUUCACAGAAAAGACGUUAAGAUUAGUGAAGAAUUAAAGAAAUUGACGAGUAGUCGCAAAUUCUGGAAAGAAAUUGCUUUCUUCACAGACAUCACUGGUCGACUAAACGACUUGAAUCUGUCACUUCAGGUAUUUUUUAUUCCUCCCUUAUUUUUUGAAAUAAUAAUGGUCUUUCGUUAGCCUGAGGAAUUGAUUAAUAAUGUAUUAGCGAUUCCUGUAUAUAUAAGUGACGAAUUUUCAAAUUAUCGCAUUGAUAAUUGUUAUUAUUUCUUUAUAUUUCUAUUUUUUAAACAAAAGCCUGUUAUACGCGACUACUGUAGUCGUACAUAACAUUUUUCAUUGAGUGAAAAUUAUUAUUUAUUGGCAUUUUCAGAAAAAUUACUUAAUUUUUUGGGCUAUUUUUGACCGUAUUGUCAGUAGAAGUGAAAAAACACUGAAUCAGGCUUUGUUAAAUUUUCUAUGGUUAUAUUAUGUCAGACAUUUCAUUGAUUUUCUGUAUCGAUUUUAUUUUUAUUGUUUUUGUUGAUUUUUGGUCAGUGAAAAGCGUUUCGUUCUUAAAGGUUUAUACAAAAUAACUGAUUUCUGGCGACCUUGUAUGGUUUUCAUGCACAACUUAGUUGUUUUAUGUUGAAUAAGUGUGUAUUUACACAAAAUUAAGUUUGUUUUCUAUUUAGCAGUGCGAAGUUUAUGCAAAAUUUCAAUUGUUUGAAUUCUUUGUCCGGUCAAUUGACAAUCGACAAGAGUCGUGGGUUCACAUACCUAUGUGCACUCUGUGUGGAUGAGUAAAAUUUUAUACCUAUUGCCUAUGAACAUAUAUACAGCGAUCGUUAAAUGUUCUCUAAGUGCUUAUACACAGCUAUCUCCGAUAUCGGGCACUUUGAUAUCCGGCUGCUAGCUACUGAACACUAAGCGUUGAUGCAUUUAAUUUCUUUUUUUUUAUUAAGCACGCAGUUUGCCCAAGUAUUAUUUUUAAUUUUUAAUUUUUACAAAAUGAAACACAAACACAGUACAAAGGAAAUUCUGUCGAUCUUCAACUCAAA